ACGCAAAUUAUACUGCAAAAGAAUAUUACGAGGACAAAAGGAGGAGAACAAAGAACUGGAAAAAUAUGGAUAUUUUAGAAAACGCAAAUUUAGAUAGCAAGACACCAUUGAUAGAGGUAGGUCACAGUGAAGAUGAAACGAAGGGAUCAGGUGGUCACUGGUGGGAGAAAGUGUUGGAAGUGGAGGAGGCCAAGAAACAAGCCCUGUUUUCUUUGCCCAUGAUUCUUACCAAUGUUUUCUACUACUUAAUCACCUUGGUUUCCGUCAUGUUUGCCGGCCACCUUGGCGACUCCGAGCUUGCCGGAGCCACUCUUGCCAACUCCUGGGCAACAGUCACCGGCUUCGCUUUCAUGGUUGGUUUAAGUGGAGCUCUUGAGACAUUGUGUGGGCAAGGAUUUGGUGCAAAAUUAUACGGAAUGCUAGGGAUUUAUCUGCAAGCCUCUUGCAUCAUAUCCUUCAUAUUCUCUAUCAUCAUAUCAAUAAUCUGGUUCUAUACAGAGCCCAUACUGAUCUUUCUUCAUCAAGAUACUGAGAUUGCAAAGACAGCCGCUCUCUAUAUGAAAUUUCUCAUUCCUGGACUAUUUGCAUAUGGCUUUCUGCAGAACAUCUUGAGGUUUCUUCAGACACAGUCUAUGGUUAUGCCCCUGGUUGUAUGCUCGUUGCUACCAUUGGUUGUUCAUAUCGGCAUUGUAUAUGCUUUAGUACAUUGUACAGCUCUUGGUUUCAAGGGAGCAUCUUUGGCAGCCUCAAUUUCAUUAUGGCUGUCAUUUCUUAUACUGGCCAUGUAUGUCAUAUACGCAACUAAAUUUAAGCAUACAUGGGAAGGAUUUUCAUGGGAUUCCUUUCAUUAUAUUUUUACCAACUUGAAACUAGCCCUGCCCUCUGCAGCAAUGGUGUGUUUGGAGUACUGGGCUUUCGAGAUUCUGGUUUUCUUGGCAGGACUGAUGCAAAACUCAGAAACAACUACAUCAUUAAUUGCAAUGUGUGUCAACACAGAAACUAUUGCCUACAUGAUCACAUAUGGUCUGAGUGCCGCUGCAAGCACAAGGGUGUCAAAUGAGUUGGGAGCAGGCAAUCCCAACCGGGCCAAGAGUGCCAUGGCUGUAACUCUCAAGCUCUCUGUUUUUCUUGCACUCACAGUUGUUUUGGCUCUUUGCCUUGGUCAUAACAUCUGGGCCGGAUUCUUUAGUGACAGCCCUACGAUCAUACGGGAAUUUGCUUCAAUGACACCCCUCCUUGCAGUUUCAAUAUUUGCCGAUUCUGUUCAAGGUGUCUUGUCAGGCGUGGCCAGAGGAUGUGGUUGGCAGCACCUGGCUGUGUAUGCUAACUUGGCAACUUUCUACUUCGUUGGUGUACCAAUUUCCAUCUUCCUCGGUUUCAAGUUGAAACUACAGGCAAAGGGUUUGUGGAUGGGCUUAAUCUGCGGACUCUCCUGCCAAGCUGCCACUCUCUUGUUGAUUACAUUGCGUACAAACUGGGCUAAACUGGAUCUCACCCAGAACGCUAACAAAGAAAAUGUAGUUUUGGUCUAGCUGAGUGCCAAGCUGGUGUUACAAGUAAUAUUCUUGUUUUGGGAGAUCAAAACUUUAUAUAACCCGCGAUAGAAAUUCAACUAUAGUUUAAUUUGGUCCAUAAAAUAGUAACGACAAAAGUCGUAUAUAUGAAAUAUGUAACAAGGUCU